AUCAAAAUUAAGGAGGAUUGUAGUCAAUGGGACUACCUUGGUAUAGAGUUCAUACAGUUGUUUUAAAUGAUCCUGGAAGACUGAUUGCAGUACAUAUAAUGCAUACAGCUUUAGUAUCAGGAUGGGCAGGAUCUAUGGCCUUAUAUGAACUUUCCGUUUUUGAUCCGUCCGAUCCUGUAUUAAAUCCAAUGUGGAGACAAGGAAUGUUUGUUAUGCCUUUUAUGACACGUUUAGGAGUAGUUGAUUCAUGGGGAGGAUGGAGCGUAACUGGUGAAAGUGUAGUUAACCCAGGUAUAUGGAGUUUUGAGGGGGUUGCUUUAUCACAUAUUAUUUUAUCUGGCUUAUUAUUCUUAGCUGCAAUAUGGCAUUGGGUAUAUUGGGAUUUGGAAUUAUUUCGCGAUCCUAGAACAGGUGAACCUUCUCUAGAUUUGCCUAAAAUUUUUGGCAUACAUUUAUUUCUUUCUGGAAUAUUAUGUUUUAGUUUUGGAGCAUUUCAUAUAACAGGUUUAUUCGGCCCUGGUAUUUGGGUUUCAGAUGCAUAUGGUCUUACAGGUAAAGUUCAACCAGUGGCACCAUCUUGGGGGCCAGAAGGAUUUAAUCCCUUUAAUCCAGGCGGUAUAGCUUCGCAUCACAUAGCAGCAGGGAUCAUAGGCAUAUUAGCAGGUAUUUUUCAUUUAAGUGUUCGACCACCUCAGAGAUUAUAUAGGGCAUUGAGAAUGGGUAAUAUUGAAACAGUUCUUUCGAGUAGUAUUGCUGCUGUCUUUUUUGCUGCUUUUGUUACAGCGGGAACGAUGUGGUAUGGUUCAGCGACUACUCCAAUUGAAUUAUUUGGUCCGACAAGGUAUCAGUGGGAUAGUGGUUAUUUUCAACAAGAAAUACAAAGAAGAGUGGAUAAUUAUUUGAGUCAAGGUUUAUCUUAUUCUGAAAGUUGGUCAAAAAUUCCGGAUAAGUUAGCAUUUUAUGAUUAUAUAGGUAAUAAUCCUGCUAAAGGUGGAUUAUUUCGUGCAGGUCCUAUGAAUAAAGGAGAUGGUAUUGCUGAAGCUUGGCUUGGACAUGCGGUCUUUGUGGAUCGUGAGGGAAGAGAGUUAAGUGUAAGACGAAUGCCUGCUUUUUUUGAAACUUUUCCAGUUAUUUUAGUUGAUAAAGAAGGUGUUGUGAGAGCAGAUAUACCUUUUAGGCGUGCUGAAUCCAAAUAUAGUAUUGAGCAAGUUGGUGUUACUGUAAGUUUUUAUGGUGGUAAGUUAAAUGGUCAAGUUUUUACAGAUCCAGCAAAUGUAAAAAAAUAUGCUAGAAAAGCUCAAUUAGGUGAGGUUUUUGAAUUUGACAGAGUUACACUCCAAUCAGAUGGAGUAUUUCGUACAAGUCCUAGAGGUUGGUUUACCUUUGGUCAUGUUAGUUUUGCUUUACUUUUCUUUUUUGGUCAUUUAUGGCACGGCUCACGAACAAUAUUUAGAGAUGUAUUUGCAGGAAUUAAUCCCGAGAUUACAGAACAAGUAGAAUUUGGAGUAUUUCAAAAAUUAGGAGAUAAAAGUACUAAAAAACAAGGUCUUGUAUAAGAUUACAUAAUAAUUUGAAAUUCAAUAUUUAUCGGUGAAUUUAGGAGGAAACAAUGGAAGCUUUAGUUUAUAUUUUUCUAUUGACAGGUACGCUAAUGGUAUUAUUUUUUGCUAUAUUUUUUAGAGAUCCUCCAAGAAUAGCUAAUAAACCAAAAAAAGAUUAA